AUGGCGGCAGACGACGGCGACGCCGCGGACGCGGCGGACGCGGCGGACGCGUCCGCGAGGAUGCUCGCGGACGCGCGCGACGCCGACGUGGACAAGCAAGCGGAUCGGCUGCGCGCGUGGAAGGCGUCCGGGGCGCUGCUCCUCGACCUCCGAGACGCGAGCGAAUUCCACGCGCGCAGGAUCGAGCGCGCGGUGAACGUGCCGUGGCGGGUCAUCGACGGCCGGCUGCACGAGCUCCCGCCGCGGAGCGUCGCCCUCGCGAUCGUUCUUCGCGGCGGCGUCACACAGGACGGCGGGGACGACCUUCGCGAGGGAGAGGAAGACGGCGCGUCGUCGUCGUCGUCGUCGUCGUCGUCGUCGUCGCAUCGCGCGCAGAUCGCGAAAUUCCGCUCCGACUUCAAGGGCCUGCCGUGGAACGUCUGGGGGUUCUUCGUCGCGUCCGACGCGCUGUUCGAGCGCGCCGCGCCCGCGGCGGGCGUGGACGUCCUCGCCGGCGAGGUGCGGCCCAUCGACCGCGGGAGGCUGUGGGAGCCGUCCGACCUCGUCGCGCGAUGGCUCCCGAGGUUGGAAAAGCGAAUGCGCGACGCGUGGGACGCGGCGCCGGCGUUCGACCGCCCCUCCUCCGCGGACGUCCCGCUCGCGUCCCGCCCGCUCCUCGUCGACGUCGGCUGCGGCGCGGGCAGGGACGCGGUCUACGCCGCGCUCCGAGGCUGGCGCGUCCUCGCGCUGGACAGCGACGCGAAGGGUUUAGCGCGUCUCUCGUCGCUCGCCGCGUCGCACGGCGUGAGCGACCGCGUCGCGAGGAGGAAGAUCGACCUCGCGAAGACGCCGCCGGCGGACGUCCUCGCGCUCGCGGAGACGCUCGGGGGGGGCGGGGGCGAGGGAGACGGGGAGGGAGAGGGCGAGGGAGAGGGCGAGGGCGAGGGCGAGGGGCGGCCGGUGGUGCGCGCAGUGCUCGCGGUUCGAUUCCUUCAUCGACCGUUGGCGCGCGCGUUGCCCGGGCUGCUGCCGAGGGGCGCCGCGGUGAUGUGGUUCCACUUUCACCGCGGCGCGGAGCUCACCGCGGUCGGGCGACCGUGCAAGGAUAAGGACCUGCUCGAGGUGGGCGAGCUGGCUGGGGUGUUCGGAGAGCGCGGGGGGUGGGAGGUGGUCGGCGACGGGCAAGUGACGCUGCCGGACGGACGCCCCGUGGGCGAGUUCGUCGCCGUGAACGUCGCCGUCGACGCGCCGUAG